CCUCUGGUGCGGGGAGUGGCGAUACAGCGGGAAGGAGUUCAGACUGGCGACCGGUGUCGACCCGGGGGAUGGCCGGGACGCGGCCAUGGCUCAGCCAGAGCUGUGCAACACUGAAAACAUCCCGGAGGUGGAGAUCGUCAGCCUGGUGGAGGAGCAGAUUCCACGCUACCGACUCCGGGCCGACACUCUCACCGAAUUCAAAGGUUACGAAAACGAGGACUGGUUCAUCCCGUUUCCGGUCCUCCGGGAGGAGGAAAAGACAGCCCCUCUCACACCUGAACAGGUGGAAGCCACGCUCGCAUAUUUCGUCCUAUGCGGCAGCAGAGUAAGUCAAAUGACGAAGGCGUACAAUGACAUUGAUGCCGUGACCCGACUGCUCGAAGAGAAGGAAAAGGACUUGGAGCUCGCUGCUAAAAUCGGCCAACAGCUGCUGGAAAGGAACAAACAGGUCAGUUCAUUCAUUCGCU